AUGACCGCCCCGGGAGGUUCCGGCCGCGGGGAGGGGUCGGGGGGGGGGGAGGCCAGGGAAGCCCGGCUCGCCGGCGAUCGCGGCCCCUCCGCGGAGCACGAGGGAGCUCGCCGCCGCGGCGCGGCCGCCUUCCUGCCUAGGGGGCGCCCUGGUGCCGGGGCGGCGCGCGCGGAGCCGCGGACUCUUUGCCCUCUCCGGGCGGAAGGAACGCGGCCCGUGUGCGGAGGGAGGCGCGACCCGAGGCGCCCGAGUCAGGGGAGCGGCCCCCCCGCCGCCCGCGUUUUCCCGAGGAGUUUGCGGGGGCCGGCUGCGCCCCGGCUAGAGCCCGGCCCCUCUUCACGAUCGGCGGCGGGCCGGCCGCUCGGUUGCCGGGCCCCUCCGCCGGCGUCGCGCUGCUGGCGCGCGCUGGCCCGCCAUGGAGUCGAGGCCCAGCGCACGAAAUCAAGCACGAGUAACUCGCCGCCGCUUGCUGUCGCUCACCGCCCUGCCCGCUGCUGCUCGUCACUCGCCGCCCCGCCCACAGCCGCUCAUCGCUCCGCUCACCGCUGUCCCGCAGCCGCUCGUCGCUCGUCGCCUCACCCGCAGCCGCUCAUUGCUCACCGCCCAGCCUGCAGCUGCUCGUCGCUCGCGGCCCAGCCUGCAGCCGCUCGUCGCUCGCCGCCCUGCUCGUCGCUCUGCCCGAAGCCGCUUGUUGCUCACCACCCCGCCUGCAGCCAGUCAUCGCUUGCGGCCCAGCCUGCAGCCACUCGUCACUCCGCUCGCCGCUGCUCGUCGCUCUGUCCGCCGCCGCUCGUUGCUCCGCCUGCUGCCACUCACUCGUCGCUCAACACCCCACCUGCAGCCGCUCAUCGCUCGCCGCCCCGCCCGCAGCCGCUCGGCGCUCAACACCCUACCUGCAGCCGCUCGGCGCUCGCCAGCUCGCCCACAGCCGCUCAUGGCUCACGGCCCAGCUCGCAGCCGCUCGGCGCUCACCACUCCGCUUGUCGCUCCGCCUGCCACCGCGUCACUCGGCCCGCAGCCACUCGUCGCUCGCCGCCCCACCCGCAGCCGCUCGGCGCUCGCUGCACCACCCACCGCCACUCGUCACUCGUCGCCCCAAUCAUCACUCCGCCCGCCGCCACUGGUCACUUCGCCCGCCACCACCGCUGGUCACUCGCCGCCCCGCCCACUGCCGCUCGUUGCUCCGCCCGCCACCACUCCUCCCUCGCCGCCCCGCCCACCGCCACUCAUCGCUCACCAUCCCACUCGUCACUCCGCCCACAGCUGCUCGUUGCUCAUCGCUCCGCCCGCAGCCACUGGUCGCUCACCACCCUGCCCGCUGCCGCUCGUUGUCCCGCCUGCCGCCGCUCGGCGCUCACCGCCCCACCCAUCACUCCGCCCGCCGGCGCUUGUUUCUUCGCUCGCCACCACUCGUCGCUCCUCCCGCCACCACUCGCCACCCUGCCCACCACCACUCGUGGGCCGGGGGGGAGGGACUGAGAGGUGGUCAAUGCACCUCAUGGCAACUGGUCGAUCGGCCGUUCCGGUUGUUACGCUUAUGGUCCCUGGCCUUUUAUUAUAUAGGAUACAAGCGCUAAACAAUUAGAAAAUAAAUUUUUUAAAGCAAUCCUAUAUAAUAAAGAGCUAAUA